AUGACGAGGAUACGAAAGCAUUAUACAACAUUGGUAAUAUACGAUGAAAAAGGCCCGGUUUUGAUAUCUUAUCCGUUAUCAUCACAAAGCAAAACUCAAAAUGAUCCACCAAAAAUAUGGCUUUUGCAUUUGUCUAAUUUUUAUUCACGUAAAGGUGUUCGAACGGUUGUCAUUGAACUCGCUAUCAAAGAUAAGAAAGCUCUACUUUGCGAUCCAUUUAUUUAUCAAAAUUGCGUAUAUUUAUUCAAUCGUUUCGAGAGUACUUUAUUAAGUGUUCCUAUUACUGGUAGAAAUCGUGGUCAUACUCGAAUACUGAAUAUACAUCCGGAUGCUCGAUUCCAGAAGCCAAAUAACAAAUAUGCAAAUCGUUGUUUAUUCCUGCUACGUAAUAUUGUCCUAAUUUAUUGUCAUCAGCGCUUAGAUAAGCCUGAUGAAGAGCCACAACUUUGGAUUCUGAAAUUGAAAACGAUGACCUGGCAUCGAUUACAUCUUAUUCUCAAUCAUCAUUAUCCUGUUGGUUUGGUAAACUUUCAAAAGUCAAUCAAAGAAGAAUUAGCAUAUUUGCAUGGUGAAUGUGGACGUAUUAAAUGUCAGGAAAAGUCAUCGGAAUCAAAUGAUAGCACGCAUCGGAAAAGUUUAAUUGAUCAAAAAAGCAAGAAAUUAUCGAAACGCUCUGCAAGUACCGUUGAAAUUCAUCGUUAUGCAAGUAAUAGCAGCGUUAACAUUAAAUCGAUGAUAAUUUCUGAACAGAUUGCACCAUCGUUUCGUUAUGUAAGAAAAUGUAAUCGUGAUAAA